AUUUUUUUGUUCAUAUAUCUAUACGAAUGUAAUUUAACAAAAGACUAUCGAAAAAUAUGACUGAUGAAAAAAUAUUACUUAUAAAACAUGAACACUCAUCAAAGUUAUAGAAAUUCACCAACAAAUUGGACAUUAGGAGACGCCAUGAAGUAUAAUUUACGGUGCAACCGAAAUAUUAGCGAGAAAAUGACGAAAAAAGACUUCGUAUACGAUAUUCGCCCACCAAUUCAAAGUUCCAGAAAGUUAGAGGAAGGAAAAUAUCCAAUUGUACUACCAUUACAAUUACGAAAGAAACAAAGUACUGAUUCAAAAGUGCCCCAAUAUGCUGUUAUUUCGGAAAAAAACAGUUACAACGAAAAUGUUGGUACAAUAAAUAUUUCAGGACAACGAACCUUGAAAUUUGAAUGCAAUUUUUGUCACGAACAAAUAGCUACACUUUUAUCGUUGUCUACACACGUAAAAUGUCAUCGACGAAGAUAUUGUAAAUAUUGUUACUGGAUAUUAUCAGGAAAUGAAACAAUGGAAAAACAUCUCGAAGAUACUCAUCGAAUUGAUCCAGGUAUUACAACGAAUAUCUAAUAUAUUCUUUAUUACAAUAUAAUUUUCUAUAAUAUUUUUUUUAUCUACAUAAAUAGUUGAUAAAAUGAUUAAUUUAUCGAUAAACAUAUUUAUAUACAUAUAGUAAAUUAAACUUUCUGAACUUGUUAUCUUCGAAAUUUUUAAUUAAAAUAUGAUCUGAUGUUUGAUUAGUAUUAUAUCUUUUUAAAUGAGAUUCAAAUCUCUUUAUUUAAAAUAAAUGAUAAAAUAGAUAUAAUCAUAAAUAAUAUAAUUUUUUAUAAACAUUUAUAAUAUUUAUAAUCAUCCAUUACAUUAUAUUUAUAAAAUAAAUAAAAAUCAUGAUUGCAUAGAUUAGUUUGUAUGUUAGUUUAUAAAUUUGUAUAUAUAUAUUCAAAGGUCUGGAGCAACAAUUUUUAAUAUAUUUCCAAUAUUAUCUGGACAAUUUUCACAGACAAUAUUUUGUCCUCGAAGUCGUAGAUCGUUGGAUAAUAAUUUAAGAUUCUAUAAAAUAACAAUUAUUUUGAUAUCAAAAAAAUCAUAUAUGUAAGUUUUUCAUUAUAUAAUAAUGAAUUUUUUUUUUAAUAAGACAGUUUCAAAUCGUCAUUUACCUUUGCAACCGUUACAUCGAUCCUUUUUACAUUCUUACAAUCAAGUACAACAUUAAGCGAGUUUUCUUCUGAAAGUUGCAUUAUGUUAGCUCUAAAAUAUUCUGCUGCUGGGAAUGUAAUACUUUCUUCGGGAAUAAUACGAAUCGCGAUUUUGUCUUCUAUCUACAAUAAAAUAAAAAAAAAAUAAAAAAAAUAUACAUUUUCUUUCCACAAUUAAUAAAAUAAAUUUGAUUCAUUUAUUUGACCUGUUCGAUUUCGGUAUGGACGGAAGGUCGAGCAGAGAAAUAUAAUAAUAUUAGUAGAUUUAAAACUAUACCAAUAAUGAUUCCCCAUUCUAAUUUAUAAAAAACACAAAAUAAUAAUGUAAUCAACAUCAGUAGAAAAUCAAUUUCUGAAAAAUAAAUGUAAUAAAUUCAAUAAUGUUGAUAAAUUCAAAAUUAAACUGUGUUUAUCGCGAUACUAAUUCACUUACUUUUAGCACGCCAUAUUAAUGCAUACGUUUUGAAGUCAAGCAUAUAAUACAUAGAACACAUUAUAACACCAGCUAAAGUGGCUUUAGGAAUAAAA